AUGAAUGAAGAAGACUACAACAACAUUUAUGAUACAGUCCAAAAGGAAGAGACAUAUGAGGAUCCAGACCAGCUAAGAGAAAAUAAAGGUCCCCUUUAUGAUAAUGUACAAGAAGACUUGGAGCCAGAAAAUACUUCAUAUGCUACCCAGCUGGAAAGCUCUGAGUAUGAUUCUGUGGCGGUCUAUGUUAUUGGGGGUGAGGAGAACAGCCUAGAGUCUUCUCAGCCAGGAGCAGAUGACUACCUUCUGCCUGAUGAGGUACAGUCAGAGGCCCAGGAUUCUCAAGAAGGUGAAACCCAGGAGGACAAAGACGACUCGGUGGAAGAAUUAUACUCACCAGUCCAGGAUCUGGAGCUCCUCUCAGAGGAACCCCGCUCGGAGAGUCCCCAGGAGAAUGGAAGUAUGAUGGAAGAAGACCUGCCUUCUUCAGCCUUCACCAUCCAACAGAGCAGAGCCUUCUCCACCAGCGUGGAUUCCCAAACUGGGUAUUCCAGUGCUAAUAAUUUGGAAGACACCCAAGCAUCUUCCGUGAUUCCUGAGAUUAGCCUCUUUGUGAAGGCUGGAAUCGAUGGAGAAAGUAUCGGCAACUGUCCUUUCUCUCAGCGCCUCUUUAUGAUCCUUUGGCUGAAAGGAGUUGUGUUCAAUGUCACCACCGUGGAUCUGAAAAGGAAGCCAGCUGACCUCCACAACCUAGCCCCUGGGACCCAUCCGCCUUUCCUGACUUUCAAUGGGGACGUGAAGACGGACGUCAAUAAGAUCGAAGAGUUCUUGGAGGAGACCUUGACCCCUGAAAAGUACCCCAAACUUGCUGCAAAACACCGAGAAUCCAACACAGCUGGCAUUGACAUCUUCUCGAAGUUCUCUGCCUACAUCAAAAACACCAAGCAGCAAGACAAUGCCGCCCUUGAGAGAGGCCUGACCAAGGCACUGAAGAAACUGGAUGACUACCUGAACACCCCUUUACCAGAGGAGAUCGAUGCCAACGCCUACGGGGAUGAUGACAAAGGUUCCCGCCGGAAGUUCCUGGAUGGGGAUGAGCUGACACUGGCUGACUGUAAUCUGUUGCCCAAGCUCCAUGUGGUCAAGAUUGUGGCCAAGAAAUACCGCAACUACAAUAUCCCAGCCGAGAUGACCGGCCUGUUGCGGUACCUCAAGAAUGCCUAUGCCCGGGAUGAGUUCACCAAUACCUGUGCAGCUGACAACGAGAUCGAGAUGGCCUACGCAGAUGUUGCCAAGCGCCUCAGCCGGUCCUGAGCAUGGUCAUCCUGACCCAUCACUGCUCAGAGGACUCAGUCUCUUCAAAGGACUCCGCAGCUUCACAGCCUCCUCUUUCAUGUUGCCU